AUGGCGCUAGGCAAGGCCAACUCGAGCCAGAGAAAGGACGGCAAAGACCGCCCGGCCCCAUCAUGGGACUAUCCAGAGUGGAAGGAGCGCUACGACUUUGCCGUCGCCCAGCGGCCCAAGAAGGGCACAGAGCGCAAGAUGGCCAUCCUCACCAACAUUAUCGAGAGCCGGCCCAUGUUCAGUCUCUUUUCGGGCAAGGAGCGAUACUUUUUCACGCAGUUCAACUGGACAGACGACGACGGGCGCGAUAGGACAACAUCCCGCGACGACGUUGUCAAGACGUUUCUCACGUUCCUCGCGCACUGGGUGCCCGUAGAACGUCUGAGCCUCGACCUGUGGUUCCUGCUGCAAGAGGACCGCGUCGAGGCCCUCCAACACCGGCCAAUCUACGCCGAGGCCAAGGAGAUGCUCAAGCUGCUGGACGGGCCCAACAAAAAGCUCCACCACCUGUGCGGCGGGUACGGUAUCAAGCUCGACUUUCUCGCCGACUGCGAGGAGCAGUGCCGCAUCCCCUCCAAAUGGCGCAAGCACGAGGGCCCAUACGACAUUGCCACGCUGCGCGAGCAGCCGCACGUCCGCCUCGUCCGCCACGAGGGCACCAUCACAGACUAUCCCUUCCGCGUCGCCGAGGAGCUCAAGCGGACCGGCUGGCCAAGGGACCCGGAGCACGACGCCCUCAUCGCCGAGGCGAGGCGUGUCCGCGACCAGCUCGCCACUGCUGCGGGGCUCACACCGCACUCGACGGUCAACCUCUUGAAACAGAACGGCAAUGGCAUCGGUAAUGGCAACGGCCGCCUGGGUCCCAUGAAGGGCGGGUCUCUCUCGACCAUCUCCCAGCAGUCGUCUGGCAGCCUGCUCAGUGGCCACUAG